AAGAUAAGCUCAUAUUGGAAAUUUCACAUGGCCGGCGGUAGUCUAGCUCGAAUUUUUGUAUCCGAGAAUAUGUAAAUUAAACAUAUAUGCGGCUAAAACUCUCUACAAAAUUUUAUCAGAUUCUCUUAUCAGUAAACAUUAAAAUAAACAUGGGAAAAUUGUUCAUUCAAAAGACUUUUAUGAUCUAAGAUGCCAGCUCCACCUCCACCAUUACCAAGUCAAAAAUUACAAAAUGCCCUCUUAAAAAAUGUUUCAAAUUCACAAGCCAAUGGUGCUAACAGAUCAGCAUUAUUAUCGCAGAUUCAAAUGGGAACAACACUUAAAAAGACUAAAUCCCCGAAUGACAGAAGCUCUCCUAAUAUAAACAGUGUAAAAUGUAAGAAUGGAAAUCAGAUAGAUUCGGCUGUUAAGCUACCAUCUACACCCAAUCAUUGCGCCCAAGGUUUUAAUAUGAACGAUCUAAAAUCCCACUUGGAGAAUAAAAUGUUUGGUAGGACCAUCAUAAAUAAUGGCAAUCUCCCCAAAAGUAGUGCGAAUAAAAUUAUCAACAAUAAUCAAAAUAAUAUAAACGCCAAUUGCCAUAACGAAAAAUUUUUACCGCAUAGCUUCAAUUCCUCGAACGAUAUGGUCGUAAAUGGGUCAGCUAACGGGGAUUCUCGAGAGAUGAAUAAAUUAAAAUCAAAUUUUCUUAACGACAUUAGUAAUAACACUGUUGUUAAUUCCUGUAACGCGAAUGGAAAUAUUAGUAGCGGUAAAAAUGUGAACGUCACGAAAUUUGCAACACUCGGUCGUACUUCUAAUCAUCCCAAACAAUCUAAUCAAAUCACUAAUAUUAAUGAUAUUCUGCUUACUAAUAAUAAAAAUAAUAACCAAAAUGACCAAACGGAUAACAAGAAUCCACCACCUUUACCCCAAAAACCACCCACUCUAAGACGUUUGAAUACCAGGCCUCUCCAUUUUGAUGGCACUAUGAACCCCAUCAUUGACAACAAAAAUCAUCGUAUCGAUCAUUAUAACUUAGCUAUUCAUUAUACCUUGCAAAGAUCUAACAACGGUAAGGACAAUUCCAGUGUUAGUCGGGAAGAUUUAAGCCUGAAAAGUACGAAUCGUAACCCGCCUAAUUUUAGGGAUCUAGUUGAUGGUUCUAGGAGCUUGCAGAUGAUUAACCCUUACAAUUCUUCCUCUUUGCUAAUGAGAGACAGCAAUAAUUACCUUUCCAAACAGGCCGAUAACGGGAAUUUGGCUUCAAACGCCAAAGCCUUGCCCAACAGACCUCCUCUUCCUCCUCUUCCAUCCAUUCCCGUCAGAAAUCGAUCACUCACUAAUUUGUUUAACCCUAUCCCCAUUAAGCAGAAUCAUAAUAGCUCGAAUUCAACUCAAGAUGGCUUUGAAGAAGAUUCUAGCAGUUGCCAUUCAUCAUCGCUUUCGUCUAACUCGCUCCAGCAACCAAAUACCGGUUUACCCCCAGUAGUCGAUCGAUCGUCCAAACGCAUCCCUUACCCUCGUUUUAACGGAUUCGAAAAUCCAAUCAGUUCCGACAUCACAAUAAUUGAAACUGCGAGACGGGAUUAUGAUCGAUCUACGUUAUCCGUAUCUAACGUUUUAUCUCCGAAACAUAACUAUCCAUUGCCACCUAGGAGGAAUCCCAUCCCUGAUUGUUUUGUUUCCGUUAUUAAUAAUGAAACCAAAAAUAAAACUUUAAGCCAACAUAAUCCUCAAACCUUACCAUCUCAAAACAAUACUGUUAACUGUAUUUCAAAUAAUCGUGAUAAUCAAAAAUCGCUAGGUGAAGAAUUUGAAUUCCGUUUUAGUUUUAGACUAGCUAGCAUGUUUCCUAAGCCACAAAAUUUUGUCAAUAUUACCAAAAUUUAUCCUAGUAAAGUAGCGUUUAGAAAGCCCAAAAAAGAUCGACCUCCGCCACCUCCACCUGCUCCAGUAUUCAGCUGAAAAUUUAUUCCUAAAUCCAAAAAUUUUUAAUAACCACUUUACAAAUUAUAUUUCAAUUUUUAAACAAAAUUAUUACACUUGUAAUUCUAACAUUUUAUAUACUAUUUUUUAAUAUAAAACUCACAAACUAAUAUAUUAUAAACUUAUCAUGUCUCUUUAAAAAAAUGUAUUUUAUUUUCUUUUAUUUAAAUUUGACAAAAGCUCAAAAGC